UACACGUGGAUAGCUGUGCGGCAGGCGCACGCUGGUGUUGUGCUGCCGUGGCGUGCCGGUAUCAACAACAUGGCUCUUCGCGUGUGCCUCGUCUCUUCAAUUUUUUUAAUUUUCCUAUCAUUACCGCAAGUUUUCGGGGGUGGUGAGACGCUGGUAUUGCUAGACAACUUAGCGAUAAAAGAGGCACAUUCAAUUUUUUUCAAGUCGUUGCAAGAUCGAGGAUUUAAACUCACCUUCAAGUCUGCCGACGAUCCAGCGCUGUCCUUAAAGAAGUAUGGAGAGUACCUGUACAAGCACCUAAUUCUUUUCUCGCCAUCUGUUGAAGAGUUUGGAGGUUCCAUAAACGUUCAAGCGCUCACAGAGUUUGUCGACGAUGGGGGCAACAUAUUGGCAGCCGCCAGCUCCAGCGUCGGCGAUGUCAUGCGUGAACUGGCGAACGAAGUUGGCUUCGAGAUUGACGAAGAAGGGAGCUACGUCAUCGACCACUUGAACUACGACGUGUCCGACGAAGGGAAGCACACAACCAUAGUUGCCGAGAGCGAGAACCUUAUCAACGCCCCCACGGUGGUCGGCAGCAAGAACAUCCCUCCCGUUCUGUUCAGGGGUGUAGGCAUCAUCUCUGACCAGGACAACCCUCUUGUGCUUGAAGUUCUGACUGCCUCUUCGACAGCUUACAGUUACAACCCGGAUAACAAGAUCACUGAGUACCCGCACGCAGUGGGCAAGAACACUCUGCUCGUGUCGGCCCUGCAAGCGAGGAACAACGCGCGCGUCGUGUUCUGUGGCUCUCUGGAGUUCUUCAGCGACAAGUUCUUCACCUCUCCUGUCCAAAAUGCCCACGGUGGAAAGCGGUACGAGAGCUCUGGCAACCAGGCACUUGCCACGGCCCUCUCUCAAUGGGUGUUCAAGGAGAAGGGGGUGCUGAGGGCACAGAACGUUCGCCACCACCCCAAGGGCCAGAAGACGCCUCCGGAAGCGUACACCGUCAUGGACGACGUCGUGUACAGCAUCGAGGUGGAGAUCCUGAAGGACGGCCAAUGGGUGCCCUUCGACGCCGACGACUUGCAGCUAGAAUUUGUUCGCAUUGACCCGUUUGUACGCACCAAGCUGGUCAAGAAAGGUCAGAAGUAUGAGUCCCAAUUCAAGGUUCCGGACGUUUACGGAGUGUACCAGUUCAAAGUGGACUACAACCGUGUCGGCUACACGCACCUCUACACUACCACUCAGGUGUCUGUGCGGCCGCUGCAGCACACGCAGUACGAGCGCUUCAUCCCGUCGGCGUACCCUUACUACCUGAGCGCCUUCUCCAUGAUGUUCGGCGUGUUCCUACUCAGCUGCGUGUUCCUCCACCACAAGGACGCCCCCAAGACUAAGUCGGACUGAGCAGCCGAGUUGCACCCAGGUCUACCAUCAUUCAUUCCCGUUCAAAGCUGCCUCCGACGUCACCGCCAUCUCUCAUGGGCAAGGCUGUUUUUUUUGUGUUUCGAGGAGAGAGAGAGCGAUUGUUUGUUUGUUUUUGUGAGCAUGUAAGGGUGAGGACUGAGAUUUCAAGCUGUUUUUUUUAUUGGGGCAAGAUUUUUUGUUUUUUUUUCCUUCUCGGUUGGGUGAGUUUGCAAUAAAAAGUUGCUGCUGGAAGGGCAAGCGUCAAA